UACUGGAGGUCAUGGGAACUGCAGCUGCUGAUGAGGAGCAUCGCUCAUCAGGGAAAGACUGGACUCAUACCUGCGGAUGCAGGACAUGGCAGAGAUUAAACGCGGACAGCUUCAGACCCUCUCCAACCUCCCAGGUUCUCAGGCCGAUGGCUUCGCUCCUCGUUUCGUGCCUUCUCGGCGUGGUGUUUCUUGCCCUGGUAAAGGGUUUUACGCACGAAGAUAUGAAAGACGUCAUGCUAAAGAAACUGGGACUCGGCGAAGUCCCAAGAAUUCAAAAAAGGGAUUUGGAGAACCUCGUGGUGCCCGCGCAUAUCAAGAGCAAAUACUUAUCUAUGCUGAGACUUCACCAUAAGAGGAGACGUCGCUCCCUUCCGAGCUUGGCGGGGAUUCUUCGGGGCAUUCCCGGUAAUGCAGAUAUUUCUGGGGACUUUGUUUACUCUGACACCAGACGUCAGGGAGUGGUUUUUGAGAUGCAUUCACGGAUCCCGGAGAACAGCGAAGUGACUAUGGCUGAACUGAAGCUAUACAAAAAGGCGCCACAUAAGCGCUCCGCGCCCGAGAGAAAGGGUCAACGACCGGUGAACAACGCCCGCGUGAGCAUUUACUGGGUAGAUGUCCAAGAAAACGGGUCGAACCGAACUUCCCUCGUUGACUCAAGGUUAAUUCCUAUUCACGAGACUGGAUGGAAGAGCUUUGAUGUCACCCAGGCUGUGCACUAUUGGUCCAAGUCUCAAAAGAAACGGCCAAUGCACCUAGAAGUGUGGAUCGAGGGCGAGCGACCAGGCGGUUACGCGGCAGAGAUGGCCAAAAGUGUCCACUUCACAACUCAAGACCCCCGUGACAACACCUUAGGAAAACCCGAGCUCGUUCUUUACACACUUAACUUUGACGAGUUUGGGUCAAAUGGUGACUGUGAAAUAAACAAAAACAAACAAAUGUGCUGUCGGGAAGAACACUUUAUAAAUUUCCGGACUCUCACCUGGACACAGUACUGGAUCAUCGAGCCUGCUGGAUAUCAGGCCUUCAGGUGUACCGGCGGCUGCAAGCAAACUAAGCGCAAUUACGGCUACGGGGAGCGGAAAUGUGCCGUGGUGGAGAGCGCGCCGCUACCGAUGAUGUAUCUGGUGAAAAAGGGAGAUUAUACUGAAAUCGAAGUGGCCGAAUUCCCCAAUAUGAUCGUCGAGAAGUGCGGUUGCACAAUGGAUAAUAUUUCAGUUGUGUGAAUACGCGACGUCGCCGCAUUGGCGAGUCUUGGAAACGCGAAGUACUUAAAAGUGGACUGUUCUUGACGCAUUGUGUCCUGAUCGGUCUUUGUUCUGGCGAAAAACAUUAAGCACUUUGUAUAAGUUUGUAUAUAAGUUGCCUGUUGGGCUCAUAAAACGUGACAUAUAUUUUUGCAUUUGCAGCCUAUAUGACGUUACACUAAACGUUGGUAUUAAUUUUCAAAAUGUAUAUUUUGAAUUGUAAAUAUCAUGGAUUUGUUGUGUGUUUCACUGUGUAGGAUAUAUAAAGUAAAGUAUUUUUCACUGAGUGGUAUGUCCGCCGUACUGUUAUUUCUAAACCCAGCCGAGGUUUGGGUAUUGUGCUGUUUGCAGGCGUCAGGGCGGGUAGUUUAGUCACACACAACGCAGACUUCAGCACACAAACCAAUUAUAAUUGUGUUUGCUCUGUUUUGCAUUCUAGGUCACAACUCCAUACAAUACUACUAUAGGUUUUCAA